UAGGCGUCCGCCCGAGAAUAUUAACAACCGCCAGAUAAACGCACAGUGAAGGUCUGAAUAUGUCUCUGAAUAAGUCCAUGCAUCCCCGGAACCGCUACAAAGACAAGCCCCCGGACUUCUCCUACCUGGCCUCCAAAUACCCAGACUUCCAGCAGCACGUCCACACCAGCCUGGCAGGCAGACCUGUUGUGAACUUCAGAGAGCCGGAGGCGGUGCGAGCGCUCACCUGCACCCUGUUGAAGGAGGACUUUGGUUUGACCAUCGAGAUCCCUUUGGAGCGCCUCAUACCCACCGUCCCCCUGCGCCUCAACUACAUCCACUGGGUGGAGGACCUCAUUGAUGGCCAAAAGCAGCCACGCAGGGGCAUUGACAUUGGCACCGGGGCGUCGUGUAUUUACCCCCUGCUGGGAGCCACAAUGAACGGCUGGUACUUCCUCGCCACAGAGGUGGAUGACAUCUGCUUUGAUUACGCUACGAAAAAUGUGGAGCAGAACAAUCUGUCUGACCUGGUUAAAGUCGUCAAAGUCCCACAGAAGACUUUACUGAUGGACGCCUUAAAAGAAGAGACUGAAAUAGUGUACGACUUCUGCAUGUGCAACCCUCCUUUUUUUGCCAACCAGCUGGAAGCGAAGGGGGUAAACUCCAGGAACUCACGGCGACCUCCUCCCAGUUCAGUGAACACGGGCGGGGUGACGGAGAUCAUGGCUGAGGGCGGGGAACUGGAGUUUGUCAAGAGGAUCAUUCAUGACAGCCUGCAACUUAAAAAGCGACUGCGGUGGUACAGCUGCAUGUUGGGGAAGAAGUGUAGCCUGGCACCUUUGAAAGAGGAGUUGAGGAAGCAAGGGGUGCCUAAAGUGACCCACACUGAGUUCUGCCAAGGACGGACCAUGCGGUGGGCGCUGGCCUGGAGUUUCUAUGAUGACGUGAUCGUUCCAUCUCCUCCCAGUAAGAAGCGUAAACUGGAGAAGACACGGAAACCCCUGUCGUUCACGCUACCAGAGCCAGGACUGAAGGAGCUCCAGGCCAAGGCCUCAGCUGCAGGUUGCACUGGAGGCAGUGCUGUGGACAGCGUCACUGCUCUGCUCGAGAAGACGCUCACCGACCUGAAGGUGCUGCAUAAACGUGUCCCUUGCAGAAAGCAGGAGCAGAGCCUCUUUCUGACAGCUGUGGAGAACACCUGGAUCCACGGACGGCAGAAGAAACGUGAACAGAGGCGUCAGUUACGAGAGCUUCCCAGAGCGCCUCACUGUGCUGGAACCAGUUCUCAAACCACCAUGGCCACAGCUGCUCCUGGCACACCGCCACCCCCCAAUAACCAGCCCACCUCCACACCACACAGCAGCAGCCAGGACGGUAACACCGAGAGCGACACUACAUCAUCAAAUGAGCCAGUUAAAGAAGUAACACCUGACACAACCGGAGACCACAAAGAGAUUUCAGAAGAUCUAAGAGGUGAGGAUGUGGACAUGGAGUCCUCGAUGUGCACCGAAUCCGGACAGGAAGGGGACGCUCAGGAAACUGCUGCUGCAGCAAGUGAACCGCCUGCCAAACGACCCCUGAGCCCCGGCACAGUCGAACACUUCCUGUUCAAGUGUCUGCUGAACGUGAUGCUGGAGGAGAGCGAUGUAGUGAUCGAGAUGCACUGGGUCGAGGGUCAGAACAAAGACCUGAUGAACCAGCUGUGCACUUACUUGAAGAACAUGCUUUUAAAAUCUGUCGCAAAGUCCUGAACAAUCAGAAAGGUGGGACCUUUUUGUCUUCAAAACUUAUGUUCCCAUGUGAAAUGAGGUAUUAUUUUUAAAAUGAUUAUUGAGUGCCUAUCUUCUGGGAAGUUUCUUUUUGGGGCAGUUAUAUACAGCUUUUGAAAUGUUUUGAUAAACUUUGGAAAAACUACUUUUGGUUUUUACAGCAGCAGAUUCACAAAAUCUGAAUUUCUUGUUCUUCUUAGUCUACCUUUUAAGGUGUUAUACACUGUACAUUAGUAUUUUGUCUUAAAGUUGUCAAAACAUUUGGAAUAAAUAUACAGUUUUUUAACACU